AUGCCGCUCAUAAUCGUCACUGGCCUUCCCACCUCAGGCAAAUCAACCCGCGCCAACCAACUCCUCGCUUAUCUUACCGAGAGGGUUGAAGCCCAGCCGCAAGUCUCCAAGUACCGGCUACAUCUCAUCUCAGACCAGACACAGUCUAUCAGCCGCACCGUCUAUGACCUCUCGCCCGAGAAGCUUCCUGCGCAUACCCGCUCCGCAAACGCCUCGGAGAAGGACGCACGUGCCGCGCUCUCGAGUGCUGUGAAGCGUGUGCUCUCCACCAAGGACAUUGUAAUCCUGGAUGGUUCCAACUAUAUCAAGGGCUGGCGGUACCAGCUCUACUGUGAGGCCAAAAACCUGAGCACGCCAAAUGUGCUCCUGCAGGUCGGGUGCAGUGUCGACAGGGCCAGGGCUAUCAAUGAGGAACGGUUAAGACAAAGAGACGAGAAGCUGGCGGGUGGCGAGGAUGCCAGUGGGGACGAUCUUGCGGCAGAGGGCGCAUAUGAUCAGGGGAACUGGGAGAACCUCGUGUUCCGGUACGAAGAACCCAACCCCAUGACCCGAUGGGACAGCCCGCUCUUCACCUUGAUAUGGGAGGACGACGAAGCGCAGACGCGCAAGGUUUUUGAUGACUUGUGGGAAGCCAUCGCGGGCGAGGGAAGGAAGGUCGUCAAGCCCAACCAGGCAGCCGUGCAGAGGAGCAGGGACGCAGGCGGUGAUUACCUCUAUGUGCUCGACAGAGAGACCCAGGAUAUCGUCAAGAGCAUAUCGGAGCAGCAGCCCGAUGAAGGUGGUGGAGAGAUCCAAAUAUCGCGCGGCGGUGAUUCUAGAGGACAGCCGCUCGUUGUGGAGAUUCCAAGCAGGAGGGUUGGACUGCCACAGCUGCAAAGGUAUCGACGGGCCUUCAUGAACAUGAACAGGGGCGGCAUUGGGCUCGAAGCAGUCGGUAACAUGGCCGUGGCGAGAAUGCGGGAGAGCUUUGUUGGAUAUCUCAACGAUGCCUUCGAGAAGGACGAGUAG